UUUUUGGCACGUCUGGAUCCUGGACUUUAUUAUUAUUUUUUUUCCGCCUUGCAAAGUUGGGGAACUCCAUCCCUUUAGCCUUUUCCUCCUGCAUCCGAGAGCCCGGCAUGUUUGCUCCGCUGGCUCGGGCGAGCCAACCCCGUGAGACAAGGAUGGAGCAGCCUGGAGGCUUUUAAAAACCCCAUACACCAGGAGGGCGCGCCGCGUUCACACGUUCUCUCUCCCAGGCAGGAGACAAACCCCGGGUUCUGUGCGCCGGAGUGGAACAGCUUUUUGCUCCUGGCUUCUUGAUUUUGGGAUUUGGUACUGAAGUUGUCGGAAAAGGGAGAAGCUCUCCGACCUCGUCUUCCUCCCCUUCUCCACCAUGGAAGAUGGUGUCAAGGAGGAAACCCCGGAGAAGCCAAAGUGUCCCAUCGUGGUGGACAAAGCAGGAUGGAUCAAGAAGAGCAGCGGGGGUCUUCUGAGUCUCUGGAAGGAACGUUACAUCCAGCUAUGCAAAUCCCAGCUCUUGAUGUAUGAAAAUGAGGAGGAACAGAAGUGUGUUGAGACGGUGGAGCUGGAAAGGUAUGACAGGUGCCAAGACCUACGUGCGCUGCUGAAAAGGAGGAACCGCUUCAUUUUAAUUCGGGCGCCAGGUUGCAAGGUGCAAGAUAUCAAAUUCCAGGCAUCAAGUGGGGAAGAAAAAGAGUCCUGGAUGAAGGCACUCAAUGAAGGCAUUAACCGAGGCAAGAACAGAAUAUUGGAUGAGGUAAAAGUUGAUGAAAGCCUUUCUCUGGAACAUGUGACGCGAAGGAGAGCAAAAGUGGCUCAGGGUCGCCGUCCUCCGACCAGAAGCCAUCUCAAAGAGGUUGCCAGUGCUAUGUCAGAUGGUAUUCUGAGACUGGAUCUGGAUGUGCCAGACAGUAGCCCUCCAAACAUCACCGUGGUUGUGAGUGAUGCUGCUGAUGUCCCUCUUCCCAAGGAGACCCCGAAACCGCCUAUGCCACCUAUAAAACCACUUAUGCCUCCUACAGAGGAGCCGAGAACGGAUUCCGCUCCAGAAGAUCAGGAAGUCAAGAAACCUCCUGUACCGCCGGCAAAGCCACCGAAAGAUGCAGGGGCACCAGGGGAAACGAUGAACUCUGUGAAGGAGGAGCAAGAAAAUGGAGAUGGCGCUGCUGUUCCUGGGGAGGAGGACGUCGCGUCCAAAAUGGAGGCCAAGAGGCCUCCGGCACUUCCAGCUAAGCCUCCUAAGGAAGGAGCUGCCGCCAGUGAAAAUACGGACUCUGUGAGGAUGAUGGAGGAGGAACAGCAGCAGAGGAAGGAGAAAGAUGAUGCUGUUAUAGAUGAUGAGGGUGAAGAACCCAAAGUUGAAUUGGAUGGAGAGUCCCUAGAGGAAGCCAACCACUCUGCUCCAGUCCCUCCACCUAAAAUAUUGCCUGAUAAGGUGAAGGUAACAUGGGACAGUCCCGCUUCCGAAGAGCCGGAGGCGGUUCCCACAGACCCGUCAACAGCCGGCAGCAAAGAAGACCUUCAGGAGAUAGUAAAACCUCCAACGCCGCCUCCGAAGAUUAUAUCAGAGAGGCUGAAAGCCAGCAUGGCCUCCCAGCGGAGCAGUUUGGACAAAGAUGUUGGCGAAGGCAACAGCCAACACCAGGAGCCAAAAGCCCCCAUGAAUGGCUUUGCUGGCAAUGGAGUGGCCGAGCCCGUCUUCCAAGAUGGAGAGGAGGCCCUUCAAGGGGAGCAGAGGGGUUGCCCAGAGCACGGAGCAACGGUGAACGUCCUGCCUUCUAAAGACCAGCCACCUGGGUCAAUGCUGGUGAGAAAUUCUCCAGCUACCAAGCCUCGCUGUUCCUCCGUGGGAGACCUACUGUCUGGACCCACCAAGGACUCCCUCCCGGGGCAUGAUCUCUGGCAGGGACCUGCCCUCCGCGUGGCCCGGAUGGAGCACAAAGUGGCUUGCGAACAGGAAAGAACAGAAAAACUUCUGCAGAAAGUUCUCCAGGGGGGACUUGAGGAGGGCCGGGAAGGCAACGGACCUCCGGUAAGCGCAGAGAUGCUGCUCAACGAGGCGGCGGAACAGCUCCGGCAAGCUACGCAGGUCUUGAAAGAGGUUAGAGAUUUUGGAGAACUGAAAAAGGAACCUGCAGAGCGACGGAAAGGAGUAGCAAAGGAUCUGGUGACUCUCUAUAGGAGAAGUGCUCCCUGAGCAGAGGGCGCUUCUGCUUUAUGACUUCACCGAAAUAUAUAACACACUUUCUACUGUCUUGCUAGGCCAGUGUCUUAUGAAACAAGGGUUGCCUGUGUUGUUUUGCUGCACAUUCCCAGCAGAAAAGCAAAUAGUGGCUUAAUUAUUGUAGCACCCUUCUGUGGUGACCUCGGGCUGUGGUUUGCCGUCCUCAAAGGGGGCCCUGGAAUACUGGCAAGAAGAGGAUGAUUGUAGCCUUCAGCUCCUAUUCUUAAAAGGCUAGUGAUGGUGGCAGGGACAGGAAAGGCUGUCUUCUUCUCAUUCUUGCUUCCUCAGAGACCCUUUGUAGGAACUCUGAAAGCAUCAGCUGAUGGGCCAGAGCACUCCAGAGUUCCCGAGAGCCAACGAGAGUCAGGGUUGAGAAGGCAAGAAAAGCCCUCUUUAAAUAAUCUUCCCGACACCCCUUUUUUCCUGACCCGCUAGUUCUUGUGAGUGGUGGCCACCUGCCCCACCACUCAAGAACCUUCAAGCCCUUGACUGGGAUGAGGCGAGGAUGGGUCCCAAAAUGAUGGAGCAGGGAAGAGAGUCCGACCCUGGUUCGAUGCACUGAUUUUUCAGUUCCUGUUACACUGAGGAACUGACUUUGGAUAGCAGAUGGAGACCGGGCAUAACGGCUUGACCCCAGGCUGUGUGAAUGGUCAAGACGUGAUCAAGCCCUAGUAGAGGUUGUGGGUCUAAAACUAUGCACAUAAAAUACGUGAUGCAUGCGGUCCGCAACCUUUUCCAGCCAGUGUUUCACCAAUCCUUCUGUCAAAGGCAGGGCCGUUGUUGAUGAGGGGAAAGUUACCAAAGCUUUGUCCAUGGCACUGAAAUCUUUGUGAUCGUUAUGUGCCUUGAAGUCUCCUCCGACUCAUGGCGACCCUAUCAAUGACCAACCUCCAAAAUAUCCUGUCCUCAACUGCCCUGCUCAGCUCUUACAAAUU